GUCGUCUCGCCCCUCCCUCCAUCGGAGUGGAGGAGAGAGGGAGAAAGAGAGAGGCUGCAGCCCACUACCACCGUGUCCCAAGAGGCCCCUCGCCUGCCUGCCUGCCUGCCUGCCCCUCCUGCUGCUCAGUACAGCUGUGCCUCAGACCUCGACCAGCUGGAGAUCUCAAGCCCUGCCGGAGAUCCACGGCGUGUGUGAAAACCUCCUCUCCUCGCUGCCGACUCUUCAUUAAGUGCAGCGCAGAGACACUUGAGAAGAUCUCCCCUGCCAGCAUGGCAGUGGCCCCGCGGGCCCCCGCGCUUCUCCUGCCCCUGGUGCUCGCCCUGCUCGCCCUGGCUCCGGCGCCCGCCUCGGGGGGCUGCCCGGCGGCGUGCCGGUGCUCUUUCGCCAUGCUGCAGUGCCUGGAGCCCGACGGCAUCGUGGGCGUCCCGUCGCUGGCCCCGCAGGAGAGCGAGAAUGUGACGGAGAUUUACAUAGAAAACCAAGCCACCCUGGAGAACAUAACAGACAUUGAUCUCGUCAACUACAGAGAGCUGAGGAACCUCACCAUCACGUUUUGUAAGCUGAGGCUCAUCUCUGCCAACGCCUUCCAACACAUCCUCAAGCUGCAGUAUGUGAACCUGGCAUCAAACUCUCUGGAACACAUCUCCUGGAGGGUGUUUCAUUUUCUGCCACUGCUCAACCUGGUUUUGAGGGAGAACCCUCUGGUUUGCUCAUGUGACCUCCACUGGCUGCAGCAGUGGCAGUGGACCGAACGCGGCUACGCGGACAACCAACAGUUUUCUUGUUUCUCCGAUGGUCGAGAAGUGCUGCUCAGCUCCUUGGUGAUAGAUAACUGCAGUCUGCCCGAGGUGACCAUUGUCUCCUUCAAAGAUUCAACGAUUCAAGAAGGGGGCAACCUGACAUUCGCGUGUCAAGUGACAGGAAGUCCAACUCCCAAUGUGAGAUGGAGAACCGAUGAGCUCAACUCUCGCUUCUCCACCCAGGAGAGAAUCUGGGGCUCCACUCUUGAGCUGGUCCUGUUCCUCACCAACGCCUCGUCCAACGACAACCUGCACAACCUGACUUGUGAGGCCGAGAACCAAGCUGGACCCGGGGGGGACACGGUGCAAUUGGACAUUGAGUUUCCCGUCAGAAUCAUCUACCUGAAGGACGCCGUGCAGCAGCACCACUGGUGCUUCCCCUUCGUCGUCGACGGCAACCCCGAACCCCAGAUCUCCUGGCGCUACAACGGCGUCGACCUCAAAGAGUCCAUGUACACAUACACCAAGUUCAUCACCGACUCGGGCGACGGGUCGGUGAAGCACGGCUGUCUCUUCCUCAACAAGCCCACCCACAUCAACAACGGCCAGUACACUCUGAUCGCGCAGAACCGGCUGGGGAGGGACGAGGCCACGGCCAACGGGAUGUUCAUGCACAACCCGUUCGACCCGUUCGACCCGGAGGGGAUAUUUCCAGUCCCCGACGUGAAUCCGAUUCCUACAAACAAAUCCAACAUGGACGUCACAGAGAACCCGGAGAGUCGCGCGUUCGUGGUGUUCGUGGCCGUCGGUCUCGCCGUGUUCGCCUGCACUUUCCUCCUCGUCAUGAUUCUGGUUAUUAACAAGUGUGGCCAGCAUCCCAAGUUUGGUAUCCACCGGUCAUCGGUUUUGGGAACCGAGGACGACCUGGCCGUGUCGCUUCGUUUCAUGAACUUCGGGACCAGCCCGCCUUCCUCGGAUGAGGACUCCGGUCUAUCCAGCUUCGUGGAGAACCCGCAAUACUUCUGCGGCAUCAUCAAGGAGAAAGACAUGUGUGUCCAGAACAUUAAGAGGCAGGACAUUGUGUUGAAGUGGGAGCUGGGGGAAGGAGCCUUUGGCAAAGUCUACCUGGCCGAGUGUGCCAACCUCAGCCCCGACAGCGACAAGAUGCUGGUCGCCAUCAAGACUCUGAAGGACGCAAACGAGUCGACCCGGCAGGACUUCCAGAGGGAGGCGGAGCUGCUGACGGUGCUCCAGCACCAGCACAUCGUGCGGUUCUACGGCGUGUGCACGGACGGGGAGCCGCUGGCUAUGGUGUUUGAGUACAUGAGGCACGGAGACCUCAACCGCUUUCUCAGGGCUCACGGCCCUGACGCCCGUAUCCUGGAGGAGACGAAGAUGCCCCCCCUGGGUCAGCUCACUCUCCCCCAGAUGCUGCACAUCGCCGCGCAGAUCGCCUCGGGCAUGGUCUACCUGGCGUCGCUGCACUUCGUCCACCGCGACCUGGCCACCCGCAACUGCCUGGUGGGGGAGGGCCUGGUGGUCAAGAUCGGAGACUUCGGGAUGUCCCGAGACAUCUACAGCACGGACUACUACCGGGUGGGCGGACGUACGAUGCUGCCGAUCCGCUGGAUGCCCCCAGAGAGCAUCAUGUACAGGAAGUUCACCACGGAGAGCGACAUCUGGAGCUUCGGCGUGGUCCUCUGGGAGAUCUUCACCUGCGGCAAACAGCCCUGGUACCAGCUGUCCAACAGCGAGGCCAUCGAAUGCAUCACGCAGGGACGGGAACUGGAGAGGCCGCGCACCUGCCCCAAGGAGGUGCACCUGCUGAUGCAGGGCUGCUGGCAGAGGGAGCCCCAGCAGAGGAUGGUCAUCAAGGACCUCCACGCCCGCCUGCUGGCCCUGGUCAAGAACCCGCCGGUUUACCUGGACAUCCUGGGCUGAGGAGGCCGAGAACCACCCCGGGGGGGGGACGAAAGGGGGAGCGGGGGGCGUCGCUUUGGUUCCAUUACUCCAAUCGGGGCUGAUCACUCUAACCCACCGCUUUAAGUUUGGCCCCAUUGCUCCCCCUCCUCUGGGAACCCGUCACGUGUUUACCAAAAUGUUUAUCUGAGGUGGGACGAGCCGGACGGAGGACAUGCAUGGAUGAGUGUGGAUACGUGUUGAAGUGUAUACGGGUUCUGCGCUCCGAGCUGUGGCACAUUUCAUGCGACUCUACGGCCAACGAGAAAACGAAACGGAUGUUUCACGUUUGGAAAAAGCAAAGUGAGAACUUGAAACGGCAUUCAGUUUCUUGUACAGCGGAUACGUUUUGGACAUGGGACUUUGUUUAAAUGCCUUCAGUAAAUGUAUAUAGGAAAUCAAAGUUGUACAAUCAAAAGCGUGUUUGUUUCAUGAGUAUUUUCUUUUAAAAACAAAAGGAAAAUGUCAUGCAGGUGUUUGUUUACAUGUAAUAUAUGAAGGACUCCUUCCACCUUGCCCGUCUUUUAGCAGCGUUCAACAGGCCUUCAUAAUCAAAGCACUGUAGUGAAACUCUGUCCCCCGGGGGCUGGAUGUGUGGGGUCGGGGGGGGUCGCGGUCAGACUUGAGAUGGUUUUAGAGGCAACAGAUGGGUUAAAGGGGGUGAAACUCCAGGAGGAGAGCGACAGACGGCGGUGAAACAGAGACAGGAGGCGAGGACACCGACCGUGAUGCCUUCAAGUGUAAAUACCCAGUGUACAUACUAUUAUUAACGUCUAAAAUAUAUAUAUAUAUAUAUAUAUAUAUAUCUUCGUGUACGUUUUCUCCAGCACUUUGUAUAUUGUCUGCCCUUUAAAAAUAAACAAACUUGUUAAAAAAGAA